CAACCCUUUCCAUCUCCACCAAUCUCUCCUCCGGGAUCCCGCACCACUCCCCAAACCCUCAACCCGCGGCGGCCGGCACCGAGCGCGCGCGCGCUCUCCGUACGAUCCCUCGCCGCCAUGGGCUGCUUCCUCUCCUGCUUCCGCGGCCGCCCCGCCAGCGCGUCCGGCGACGGCCUCCAGGACCCGCUCGUGCGCGCGAGCAGGCUCGGGGACGCCUUCCUGGACGACCGCGACGACACAGCACCAAAAAUUGAAGCGGGCGGGAACCUGAAGGAGGAUUUGGGGAAUGGCGGAGGGCUCCACGACGAACUCAGGCGAGAGGCAAAUUAUCUCAAAUCAUGUGGCGCAAUAUCAGAAACCCCUCCAGAAAUUCUGAAAGUAUCAAAUCAAAUCAAAGCAGAUGAUAGUAAUGAGUGCGAUGCCACGCCCAAUAAUGCACAGGAUAUUAAAGGGAUAAUGGUAUCUGAAGAUAAAGAAUAUAUUGAAGAGUUCAAUUGUGAUGGGCAUAGUACAUUGAGUCAUGACAAGAACCCUGAUGAAGGUGCUGAUGAUGUUAGUGGGGUUGAAUAUAAAGAUAACUCAUCUGAAGGGUUCAACUGUGAUGGGCAUGGUGAAUUGAGUCAUGACCAGAACACUGAUGAAGGUGCUGAUGAUGUUAGCGCGGUUGAAUCAGAGUCUGUAUCAUUGUUACAGGACAAGUCUUCACGCCAGAACAUCACCAACCAGAACCUUGAUUCUAGCGACUCGCCUUUCCCUACUCCUUUGGUUCUCAGAGGUGACAUUCAGACUCCUGGAACAAUGUUUACAGCAUACCAGCAGAAUAUUAAGACUGGAAAGCGUGGGAGGACCGGCAAACAGUUCAUCUACCCUGUUCUCAGACCUAUCGAGAACAAACUAGAAUGGAUGGAACUGAGAGAUGAGUCUUCACCUAUGAUUGCAUCCCAUCCUCCGAAGAGAAGGUACUUGUGUGAAGAUUCUACUGAGAAACCUCAGCAAGCUUUACCAAGCUUGGUGAGCACAGACACGGAGCUACCAGAAUCUGCACCGUUUUCAUUCCAUGCCAAAAGUAAAGGGCAGGCUGAAGAGGUGACAUCUCCAGAGGAACACAAGAACCAGAAUGGCAGCCAUCAGAUUCUGGAUGGUGGCAUUGGAGAGCUCCUGAAAAUUAGUAGUUCAUACAAUGAGAAGCAUGGCGUGGCUAGUCUGUCCUCUUGGCUCAAGACUUCAUCUGCAGAAGAUAGUGAGAGCCAUAGUGGAAUCGGUGGCGACUUCGGAAAGCUGCCAGGCUUCGGGAGGAUCGGCGAUAUCACUGAGGUGCCGAUCUUUGUGGCUUCUGGGCUGAACUGGAACGAUGACAAUCCUACUCCCAUGUUGCCCAAGGCGGUGUGGGAUGGGAAUGGGAUCCCAAACACAACCACCAAAUACAAGGAGGACCAGAAAGUGAAUUGGCAUGCCACACCGUUUGAGGAAAGGCUGAUGAAAGUUCUGUCCGAUGAGAAACCAAAGCAUGAAAGGAAAAUCAGUGGCAAGCUGAUCCACGUCGAGGAAGACACAAUGGAGAGCCUUGCAACUGCUUCCUCGUGAUCGACGGCCUGGGAAACGGUCCAGAUGUUGGCCAAUCCGACAUGAGCCCCCCUUAGCUGCUGGUCCUGUCAACUGUCUACCAUUUGCAGAUUGGGUGUCUGAAGUUGAACUACAUUUCCCAUCUCAAGUGUAGUUUUGUUUGCGCUUCAAUGCAACUUUACACCGUGUAAAAAUACAUGAUAUGCGUCCUGCUGUGAUUAUGCGAUCAUCAUCACCUGCUGAUUGAUGAUGCUGGGUAUAUCAAUAAAAAGAACAAAACAUUGCUUCA